AGGACAACAGGCUUGCAGAGCGGAGGCAAGGUUUUGCAGUGAGUGGGACACAGCACAGCUGCUGUGUCUAAGCGUCGGAGAGUGACGGGGCUGCAGGGACAUGGCGGCGGCCUCUGCGUUGUCGGUCGUGCUGGUGGCGGCGGAGAGGAACCGAUGGCAGCGAGUCCCAAGUUUGCUGCUGCCGCCGAGGGGAUGGACUUGGAAGCAAAGAGCCAUGAAGUAUGCAACUACCACAGGACGAAACAUUACCAAGGUCCUCAUUGCAAACAGAGGAGAAAUUGCCUGCAGGGUGAUACGAACAGCCAAAAAAAUGGGUGUACAGUCUGUGGCUGUUUAUAGUGAGGCCGACAGGAAUUCCAUGCAUGUUGACAUGGCAGAUGAAGCACAUUCCAUCGGCCCCGCUCCCUCACAGCAGAGCUACCUUUCUAUGGAGAAAAUCAUUCAAGUGGCCAAGAUCUCCGCUGCACAGGCUAUCCAUCCGGGAUAUGGUUUUCUCUCAGAAAACAUGGAAUUUGCCGAACUGUGUAAGCAAGAAGGAAUUAUUUUUAUAGGUCCUCCUUCAUCAGCAAUUAGAGACAUGGGUAUAAAGAGCACAGCCAAAUCCAUCAUGGCUGCUGCUGGAGUGCCUGUUGUGGAAGGUUAUCACGGUGAGGACCAAUCAGACCAAUGCCUGAAAGAGCAUGCUAGGAGAAUCGGUUACCCCGUCAUGAUUAAAGCCAUCCGUGGUGGAGGAGGAAAAGGUAUGAGGAUCAUUAGAUCCGAAAAAGAAUUUCAAGAGCAAUUAGAAUCAGCGCGGAGGGAAGCUAAGAAGUCUUUCAAUGAUGAUGGGAUGCUGAUUGAGAAGUUUGUGGACACACCAAGGCAUGUGGAAGUCCAGGUGUUUGGUGACCACCAUGGCAAUGCUGUGUACUUGUUUGAAAGAGACUGUAGUGUACAGAGGAGACAUCAGAAGAUCAUUGAGGAGGCCCCAGGGCCUGGUAUUAAACCUGAAGUAAGAAAAAAGCUCGGAGAAGCUGCGGUCAGAGCUGCUAAAGCUGUAAAUUAUGUUGGCGCAGGAACCGUGGAGUUUAUUAUGGACUCAAAGCACAAUUUCUACUUCAUGGAAAUGAAUACAAGGCUGCAAGUGGAACAUCCUGUUACUGAGAUGAUCACAGGAACUGACUUGGUGGAAUGGCAGCUUAGGAUUGCAGCAGGAGAGAAGAUUCCUUUGAGCCAGGAAGAGAUAACUCUGCGAGGCCAUGCCUUUGAAGCUAGAAUAUAUGCAGAAGAUCCUAACAAUAACUUCAUGCCAGGGGCUGGACCAUUAGUGCAUCUCUCCACCCCUCGAGCAGACCUUGCCACUAGGAUUGAAACUGGAGUACGGCAAGGAGAUGAAGUUUCAGUGCAUUAUGACCCCAUGAUUGCAAAGCUGGUUGUGUGGGCUGCAGAUCGCCAGGCAGCCUUGACGAAACUGCAGUACAGCCUUCGACAGUACAGUAUUGUUGGGCUGAACACCAACAUUGACUUCCUCCUCAAACUGUCUGGCCACCCAGAGUUUGAAGCUGGGAAAGUGCACACUGAUUUCAUCCCUCAGCACCGCAAAGAACUGUUGCCCCAUCGGAAGACCACAGCCAAAGAAUAUUUAUGCCAGGCAGCUCUGGGGCUCAUCCUCAAGGAGAAAGCUAUGACUGAUGUUUUCAAAAUCCAGACACAAGAUCAAUACUCUCCUUUUGUAUCCAGCAGUGGAAGAAGACUGAAUAUCUGUUAUACCAGAAGCAUGACUCUUAGGGAUGGUAAAAACAAUGUAACCAUAGCUGUAACAUAUAACCGUGAUGGGUCACACAGCAUGCAGAUUGAAGAUAAAACUUUCCAUGUCCUUGGUGAUCUUUGCAGUGAGGGAGACUGCACUUACCUGAAAUCUUCUGUUAAUGGAGUUGCUAGUAAAACUAAGCUGGUUAUCCUGGAAAACACUAUUUACCUAUUUUCCAUGGAUGGCAGUAUUCAGAUUGGCAUUCCAGUCCCCAGAUACUUGUCCGCAGUGAGCUCAGAAGGAACCCAAGGAGGUGCCAUAGCUCCUAUGACUGGAACUGUUGAAAAGGUGUUUGUGAAAGCUGGAGACAAAGUAAAAGCUGGAGAUUCUUUGAUGGUUAUGAUCGCCAUGAAGAUGGAGCAUACCAUAAAGGCUCCAAAGGAUGGCACUAUCAAGAAAGUGUUCUACAAAGAAGGUUCUCAGGCCAACAGACACGCUCCUUUAGUUGAGUUUGAGGAGGAAGAAUCUGACAAAAGGGAAGCAGAAUAAACUCCAUUAAAUAAGCGGCCAAUUAAGCAGCCUCUUAAGUGUAGUAUCUCUACACCAAAAUGGGAAAGUGCCUUCCUGCUUUUCUCGGGGUCUGAUGACCAGCACUUUUACUAAAUGAUUGUAUGAUAGCGCUUAAAACCGUUUCGUAUUUAAGAAUCAUAUACUUGGGUCACAAAUACAAUAAAUUAUCUCAGAAUAUUUCAUACUAAUAAAAUGAUACUUUUUUAUUGGGAGACAAUAUAGUUUGUUUCUGCCUCAAAUUUUAUACAAUGUAGUGUUUUUAGGAAGGUGAGCAGCAACUUGAUCAAAGGAGAACAACUGAAAAAGAAAAGGUCAUUUAACUAAAUGAAUUAUUUCCUAGUCACAGUCACGAUGAAAAUGGACAGUAACAUAUUUCAGAGACAGAUGCCAUAGCACUAAACCUAAGAGUUUUUUUGCCAAAGAGUAACUUCUUAGGUAGUUUAAACACAUGGAUGCUAUUUGUUUCUUGUUUUUGUGAUUGGAAAGUUUCUAUCUAGACUGCCUCUGCCUUUAUUGUACUUUCUAAGCUUGUAUAAAUAUAUAUACACACACACAUGCUUUUGUGUAUAUGUAUUUUAUACACCUACAUAUUAUAUGUUUAAAUUGUAUGCUAGAACAUAUUUUUUCUAGAAAUGCACUUUCAGUCCCCUGCAUUUUCAGGUAUCCACUGAAGUGUUAAAUAUUUGUUGAACUGAGUUCUUACUGCACACAUGAGAUUAUGUUAAAUGUUAUAGAGAAUACAAAGAAAUUUAAAAAUAUGGUCUCUGUACUUUUAAGAUACUGAUGAUUUAAUUGGGGAAAUAAGACAUAAUCAUGUCGAAAGUUAUGUGGGAAAACAGUCAAAUCCACAAUUAAGCAAUUCCAUUGUCCAGAGAGUGGUGAGAAAGGUACCAAAUACUAAAUUUGGAAACACUGAGUUCUCAAGUAAAUCUGAUCACACAGCUUAGUUAGAAUGUCCAUUUUUCCAAAAAGGCAGCAUGAAACCUAGCACACUAAGACAUGGAUGGGGGUGAAGGCUGAUGGCAUAUGACUGGGGCAGGACAUGUCUUCUAGGAGCUGGGGGGAAGAGAGUCCUGUGGGCAGGCGUGCUCAGGGUAGGU